UUCAGUUAGUCGUUCUCGUUCCAAGUGUAAACAUCUCCCGCUCCAACAAAACAAUUUUUAAUUCUGUACAUUUUACUACUCGUCAAAAAUAAUUCGUAACUUUUUUUGUUCCGCUUAGUAAUCGGGAUUGUGAUUUUUGAUUGAAAAUGGUGUGCCCGAAGAAUACAUCGGUGAAUGGAGAGAGAAGCGAGGAGGAUCGCGUGCAGCGCAACAAUUCGCGCGCACGUCCAAGGUCAAACUUAUUUUGAAGGAUCCGAAUCAGAACGGCAAUGGUCGGAUUAGAACGGGGGCUCUCCCCCGAGGGAGAACCAAAGGAAGAGUCAAAAAUGCCGGGGGAGAACAUGGACCAGCAGCCAUUGGAAGCGGCGUGCCCACUGCCAGCGAUGAUGAUGAAAUCAUCAUUGUAAGUGUUCAGCUGCGACCAGAACCACCAAUGGAUGAAGAAUCCAUGAGUCCGGUGUGCACCUGGACUGUUGAGGAGGACGUGGAUGGCACUUCGCUGAUGCUGCUCACGCGCCACGGACCAGCAGCCAGCGCCUACCUUUAUCGGUCUCAGCCCAGUUCACACAAACGAUCUCAACAAGCUUGCCACCUUAGAGGAGAUACUGGCCCAGCUGAUUAUGCGUCUUGGAUGCUCCGUGCUUCCCGAUGGUGCCUACGACACCGUAGGCCUCACCCUCAAAGAGGGGGUUUGCUUUGGAUUCCUGCAGAUGGAGAAAGGAGGAUACUGAAAAUUCUUCACUCUCUGAACACUGACAAUAAUGAUUUCAUCAUCAUCGCUGGCAGUGGGCACCACCUCUUCCAAUGGCUGCUUGUCCAUGUUCUCCAGCGGCAUUUCUGA